UCUGGGUUUUGGAAGGGGGGGUUUGUCUUCUGUGAAUGUUGGUUUAUCUUGUUUUUGUUCUUGUUUUUGGCCGUUGGUCUGGGUUGUGAGUUUAUCAAUUGAUUGUUUCGUUGACCUGUGCAUGCUUGGUUGGGUUUGAUUAUACUGUGAAUGGUGGUUGGCUUUGGUCUACGUCUACUACUGGGAUAAGUGAAUUUGGUAUCCAUGGCUCCUGUUGGACCUCGUGCUUCGAAAGAGGAGUUCAUGCAGGCUCUUGCCUUGGAUUCGCAGGAUCCGCAGCAUGAGCAGAUUUACAGGGCUAUGAGGGAUGAAGCGAUCAUCGUCUACAAUCGCCUCAACGAAGAUACCUCGCACCUCCUCGACAGCGUAGCGAAUGACCCGUCUACUAGGCCGCCCUUCUUCUGGCAUCAUAUCCGUCCCGAGCGUCAACGGUGGGGCAUCAUCGAAAUCGCGCAGAAUGCUGGGCCCUUGACCCGUCCUUUCUUCUCUCGCGGCGCCACGGCCGGUGAGUACGGUCCGAAUUGGGUGGCGGGGUGGUUGCUGUAUAGUGUGUUUCGGUCGAGGGAUGUUCGAAAUAAUCGCAAUCGGCGAAAGGGGGACGAUCAUGGUCAAGGCUUCAAGGCGAAGAAACAGGAAGAAGAUGCGCCGCCGACGAAGUACUAUGAUCCGGUGCGAAAUGGGUAGACAAGGAGCACGGAGGAUAUGGCAG